AUGGACGACCUAGUCACCGACGUGCCUUAUGCAGUGGAAGAUUUACUUAACGUGGAGUGUACGGUGCCCGCCCUCCUGCAACGGAGACUAGAAAAGAUGAAAUCGGUCGUGCUCAUUAAGAAUUCGGAUCAAAUUUGCUUGGCACGCGCACUGGUUAUCGGGAAAGCUCAUGCCGAUGGAAACAACAACCUUUACCGCAAGUUAAUGCGAGAAAAGAUCAUUCUGUUACAUCAUGACCGCCAUUUUGAUUUACUGAACUCACUCCCGGCAUUCUUUAAAAAAAAAUAUUGGUGCUAUUCCUGCAACAAAGGAUACUCUGAUCGAAGAGACCAUCGUUGCUCCAGCAUCUGCAAAGCUUGCCUUCUGUCAUCCUGCACGUCUAGCACGGCUGCCAUGGUGCACUGUGAAGAGUGUAACCGAGACUUUUUCGGACAAGAAUGUUACGCACAACAUAAAAAAGCCGGCACCAGAGACAAACCAACCAGAAAAAGCAUCUGCAGCACUGUAUUUUUCUGUAAACAAUGUUUGCGAAUAGUUUCCCUCAAAGGACGAAGGAACGGUAAUAUUCAUCAAUGUGGAGAAGUGUUCUGCAAAACCUGUCAGAAACAUGAAUUGCCUCAAGUACAUCGGUGCUACAUGAAGCCUCAUAACGUUAAUCUUGAAGAACUAGAACUCAAUUCAAACGCCGAAUUUCUGUAUUUUGAUUUCGAAACAUAUGUGGAAGGAAACGGAAUUUUGGUGCCCAACCUAGCAGUUGUUCAAGAUGAUAACGGAAAUGAAUGGGUGUUUCCCAGCGAAGAAGAACCUUUGAACGGAGAUAUUACCAAUCAAUUAUGUACGUUCCUUUUCAGUGAAGAUCAUCGCGACCAUUACAUCAUCGCACACAAUUUCAAAUCAUUUGAUGGCUACUUCAUUAUGAGUUGGCUUUUAAAGAACGGAAUCGUACCAAAGGUCAUUUUGAACGGUGGCAAAAUUCUGCAACUGGAUGUGCCGCAAUUGAACAUUCGGUUUCGAGAUAGUAUCAACUACAACCCACAAAGCCUUGCAAAAUGGCCAGCGACAUUCGGUUUGCCAGAAAUCAAUUCAUUUCAACGCUGGUAUGAAAAAGAGAGGCUUGAAAAAAAUAAUCUUUUUGAUUUUCGUAAAGAGUUUGUGGACUACUGCAAGAUGGACGUCACGGUUUUACGACUCUGUUGCCAGCAAUUUCGAAAGCUAUUUCAAGAGAUUAGUCAAGGAUUAUGUCCGUUUGUCUCCUCGUUAACUAUCGCGGGAUUGUGUAACCGGUAUUGGAGAUCGUUUAUGUUGAAACCAGAACAAAUUGCACUAUUACCACAUGGACUUAAUGCAAGGAAUCGGCAUCAAUCCGUGAAGGCUAAGAAAUGGCUUUCUUGGAUGGAAGAGGAUGGCAACUGUACAAUUCAAUCUGCCAUCAAUGGUUCCGAACACCGCGUCGGACCCUACUUUGUCGAUGGAUACAGAAAUGACAUCAACAUGGUCUAUGAAUUCUACGGAUGCACAUUUCAUGGCUGCCCGAAAUGUGUAGCGCCUAAAACUGUCCAUCCGUUUCGCAAUCUUCCAAUGACCGAUGUCUACCAAGAAACCCUUGAUCGCGAAAAUUACAUUCGUACACAGGGUUACGGGCUCACCUCUAUUUGGGAGCAUGAGUACGACGAAGAACUCAAAACAAAUCCAGAAAUGAAGGCCUAUAUUACGCGGCAGCAUUUUACCGAACGCCUAAACCCACGGGAUGCUUUCUAUGGAGGGAGAACAAACGCCGUGAAACUUUUUCAUGAAGUGUCCGAGGAUGAAAAAAUCUGCUAUUUUGACGUCAACAGCGAGUAUCCCUUCGUUAACAAAAACAGACGGUAUCCUGUUGGGCACCCUAUUGUGAUUACAAAAAACUUUGAAGAUAUCCAGUCUUAUUUCGGAAUGGUGUUGUGUGAGAUUUUACCCCCUGGUGAUCUGCAGCUUCCGGUGUUACCGUAUCGAUGCGGAGGAAAGUUGACUUUUCCUUUAUGCCGAACAUGUAUGGAAAAGCAUCAAAAUAGCAGAUGCGAGCACGCGGACUGCGAUCGUACUAUCACCGGCACGUGGUGCACACCAGAAAUCAUCAAAGCCUUGGAUAAGGGCUACACAGUUGUGAGAAUUUUUGAAGUGUGGCAUUUCGACAAGUACGAAGACCGGUUGUUUGAGGAAUAUAUCAACCGGUUCCUUAAACUCAAGACCGAGGCUAGCGGUUGGCCGACCGAGAUUCAGAGCGAGAGGGAGAAGCAGAAAUACAUAACCGAUUUCAAAAAUCAUGAAAACGUGGAUCUGGAGUACAACAAAAUCAAUCCUAAUCCCGGUUUGAGAGCUUUAGCGAAGCUGUGUUUGAACAGGUAA